AUGGCGACCCCGCGAGACCCUGCCGCGCAUACAGCGCCGAACGAGACGAUAAUAGAUGAUACAACACAGCCCGGUCCCUCCACGAGCGCUGCGGGCCCCCAGUCCACAGGGGACGGUGUCUGUUUGUCUACAGACGGCGGCGGAACCCCUGCUACGAAUCACGCGGAGCACCAGGCGCAGCCUGACGAUGCUUCCUCGGCUGCGACUAGGGGUCCAGUCGCGCAGACCCCAGCUGCAACCAACAAGGCGCCUUCAGCCGCCAUGCCUGCCGACAGCGAGGAGCAAAACAUCCAAGGCUCCGGCCAGAAUACAGAAACAGAAGAUACGAUUACCAACCGACCUCCCCGAGAAGAACAUGCCGCCGGCCAUGCUGAGACGGCCAACGCUGGCGCACCAACCCUAGUAGCCGCCGGCCCGUCUUCGAGCUCGCGCACCGAAGCUUCGCCUCGUAUUAGCUUCGUGGGUCAGGAUGGACAGGUUGUAGACCUGUCAUCCAUCAUGUACCCGCAGAGGUCCAGCAUCACGGAGGGUUUGCCUCGCCUCGCUACGGGCAGGCGAAGCAGCUUCCGCCAGCAGUUCAGCCCUUCUCGAGAGCGCCCGCAGAGAUCUCGCCGAGAGACGCCCGAGUUUGCUCUUCCUAGAUGGCAGCCAGAUGCCGAGGUGACUCUCUGUCCCAUUUGCAACACCCAGUUCAGCACAUGGGUGCGAAAGCACCACUGCAGAAUCACGAUUCCGAACCAGUACAUUGUCCGCCCCCCGGACUCAGAGGUCUCCUUUGCAUCGAGCCUGUUUGCGGAUCCAAUGGGAGCCAGCUUACUGGAUCAUGGUGGAAUACCAGGUGGUGAACGGGUCAGACUCUGCAACCCGUGCGUCCCUGACCCCAACACGGCACCGCCGCAAAGCCCAACGGUGCUCUCCCCGCGCUCGCCACACCAUAGAUCUCGGAGCAGCCUGAGCAACGCAUAUGGUGGGGUAUCGACGGCUGGUGGAUUCGGAGGACUUGCAGGCGCGCUGCAAGCAAUCAGCGAUCCAAAUCAGCAUACAGGCUCUCGCACCAGGAGCAUUGCCCCGACUCCGUUUGAGCAGUAUUUGUCGACGCGUCCGGCCCGUGCCGGGCCGUCCCAGUUCAGCGCGCGACCAGGCCUAUUUGACGACCCGGCGACCUCAUCACGACACCGAGCGCUGCCUCCGACGCCCCAGAUUGCCGAAGAAGACGAAUGCCCCGUAUGCCACCGAGAGCUACCAGCCACCACGCUCCCCGACUUCGAAACCCUGCGAGAGCAGCACAUCACGACAUGCAUCCAGUCCCACAGUACGUACGGGAGCCCAGCCCCAGGCGACGGCGGCGUCGCGGUGGCGCCGCCGGCCCCUCGCCGCAGCGGCAUGUACACGUACGCGGCGACGGAGAAGGACUGCGUGGACGAUGCCGAGUGCACCAUUUGUCUGGAGGAGUUUGCCGUGGGCGUGCCCAUGGCGCGGCUGGAGUGCCUCUGCCGCUUCCACCGCGCUUGCAUCGCGGCCUGGUUUGUGAACCAUCCGGGACGGUGCCCCGUACACCAGCACGACGGCUUCGGAUUCUAG